AUGAACCCGGUGUGGAAAGUCUACAAGAGCAAAGUGCUGAAGACCCUCAACCCGGAGUAUGAGGAGGACGCUCCGGAAGAGUUGCAGGUCACGGAGAUGGAGAAUGAUGUGAGUCCCUUGCAGGAGGAUGAGGGACCCAACACGGUGUCCCAGCUGGCCAAGAAAAUGCAGGGGGCCGGGACUAAGAGCUGGAACAGACUGUCGUCUCUCUUCAACAAAGACGACGAACACCAGCUUCUAGAGGAGACCGAGAGCCCGCCCGUCGCCGACCAUCCACUUGCAAUGAAGCCGGAGACGCCUCCUCGCCCCACUAAGCGCGCGGCCAUCUGGGAUAGCUUUGCAGCCAACUGGGCGGCCAAGAAGCAGGCGGAAGCUGCCGCCGCCGCCGCCGCUGCCGCCAACGAGGCCGGAGCGGGUCAGGGUGAGGAUGGGGUGGCAGAGGCCGGAGGGGAGGAGAGCCAGGGUGGGUACAUCCCUCAGGGAGAGGAGAGCGAAGGAGGAGGAGGAGGAGGAGGAGGAGGAGGAGGAGGACGGAGCGGCAACAACAGCUUCUCCAAAUACGUCUCUCUCGGAGGAGGAAGCGAGGACACGUCCUUCAAGUGGAACUUUGUCACCAGCAAGCUGGCUGAGCUGAAGAUGAAGAGCAACUAG